AUGCAAAAAUUUAAAGAAUUUUCUAAUCUUAAUACUAAAGCUUUAAUGAAGGUCUUUUAUGCUCUUUUAUUAUUAGGGUUAAUUCAUGCCAAUCAAAAUAUUAAAUUGAAUGAAUAGAUAACUAGCACUAUAUUACCUCGUCAAAAUUAGAUUUUUAAAAUCGAGUCUUGCGGAGAUGUAGAAGUUGAAUUAAAAGUGAAGGGUUAAAUUGUUGUGGAGGCUGGUCCUGCAAGAACAAUGAGCUAAAAAGGAUUUUAGGAAGAUUUUAAAAAGCAAUUAUCAAAUGAAAGCAUCAAAUUUAGUUUAUAAUUUCCAUUUGUGUACUAUAACUCAUCAACAAAAAUUUGUAUGAUAUAUUUAAGCAUUUAUGGAUAAGCUAACUCACAAAAUGGUGCUUCGGAAAAUAUAGAGUUUGAAUUUGUUGUAAAGCCCAAAGUUAAGAAUGAUAUUUACAUAGUUAAAUUAGAAAAAUUACCAGAAAAUGCUAUGAUUUAUUCAAACUCAAUUCCUUCCAAUUAGGAUAUUUUUGUUUUAUUAAAAGGUGGAAUCUUAAAAAAUACGCCAAUUAAUAUAUAAAUAUUUGACAACUCACCACACUCUUCAGUUUAAAAUAUAUAAGGAUCAGAUGCUUAAGCUUAGGAGUCUUCAAUGAAUGUCCCUAAUAUAGUAUUUAACUAAUAAGGAUAAGAGUUAAAAAAUAAAAAGAAAAAAUCUUAAGACUAAAAGAAUAAAUAAUAUUAACUAUAGUCAAAGAGCAACUAUUUAAAUUUUAAUCAGUAAUAAUAAGUUACUAUGUAGAGUGACUCUAUUAUGGUUUUAGCAGAAAAAAGUUAAAGUGAGAGUAGAAAAAUUCAGAUAUUUAAGCAAGAUUGCUUAUAAUUCUAAUCAUUGCAGAGUUUAAGCUAAUAUAAAUUUACAGGACUCAAUUUUAAGUUAUUAAAAGACAAUAAAUAAAAAAUAUUUUUAAAUAAUGAAGGAUGCUAUGUCUUAGAAAUAUUUUCAAUGAGUCCAUAAAGUCUGAAGGUAUAUCUAAACACAAAAACUCCAGAUGUAGAUCAUGUACAAUUAGAACUUCAUAUGCUAAAAAUAAAUAGUUAUACUUAUUAUAUUGUUUUGUAAUAAGUUUACUAACCUGAUUCUUUAGAAAUUGUUAGUAGUGCAGAUAUUGAUGUGCUGAUUCAAUUAAAACAAUAUUCUCAAAAUACAUUUUAAGAGGUUACAAAACCAAGAGAUGAUUACUUUGAAAUAAAUAUAAAUGAUAAUGCCCUUUAAGUAACGAAUGAUUCAAACCAAAAAAUAGAGCAUGCUUAUCUUUUUAUGUCUUCUGACUAAGCUUCUCUAGAAUCAAAUGUAUUAAUUGGAGAAUCUGUAAGUAAUAUAAUACAUUUCAUGGAAAUAGAUCCAAAGCAUUAAGACUUAAAUUAAAUGCUUGAAAAAUUAAGUAAUUUUUCAAAACUGUAUAUUUCAGUAAGAGCCUACGAUGAAUUCUAAAGGUCUCACAUAUCUCAAGUUUAAUUAGUGGACAAUCCUUACAGUAGUUCUAUUUCCUUUUCUUUAACUAAUAUCCUUUUGAUAAUCAUAAUCAGCUUAGCUUUAGCUGCAGCAAUAAUAUAUUUAACUCUAAGAGGAUUUAAAGAAAAGAAGAUUAUAAAAUAACCUGAUGAAUAAGAAUUAAUUCAUGGUUCAGUUCAUGUUAGAAUGCCUUCAGAAAAUAACUAUUGA